UCUAAAAUGAGUCAUUUUGUUUCCUCUCCAUAAGAUCCUAUUCUACAGAAAUUCUAAAGAGAAGUCACAGAAACAAGGGAAGGGUCACAUGCACUAUAAAUAUAUCUAUAUAUCUAUAUAUAUAUAUAUAUAUAUAUAUAUAUAUAUAUAUAUAGAGAGAGAGAGAGAGAGAGAGAGAAAUUCUGAGAUAUAGAGAGAGAAAGAGAGACAUAUUGCUUGAAACUACUAUAUAGUGAUAUUGUUCUUAUUUCAUAAGUUCUUUCUUUCAUCUAUGUUUUCUCUAGUCAUUUUAUAAGAGAUCUUCAUUCUCCACACUUUCUUUUAUCCAAAGGAUUAAAUCUUUAAUCUAAAAAUUUGUUUUUUUCAUCUGGGUUAUAAAAAAAAUUAGUUUUUUUUCUUCUCAUUUUCUGUGGUAUUUCAAUGGCACCUAGUUUUGAUUUUGCAAGUCUUCUCUGUACUGAAGACAUAAGUUUUUUUGAUGAAAAUGAUUUUGGGGGUUCAAUGGAGGUUUUAGAGGAAUCAUGUCAAGUUGAAUAUGAUCCUCCAAACCUUCAUGAAACUCAGCAAUUCGAUGAAUCAAUUGGGUCGGUUCCACCAUUGCUGAGUGAUGAGAGUUUGGAGGCUUUGGUUGAAAAAGAAUGCCUUCACAUGCCUGCUAGUGAUUAUGUCAGUAGGUUGAAAAUUGGGGAUUUGGAUUUGGAGGGUAGAAUGGAAGCCAUUGAAUGGAUUCAAAAGGUUGGAAUGCAUUUUGGUUUUGGGCCUCUAUGUGUGUAUCUAGCUGUGAACUUCAUGGAUCGCUUCCUUGCUGCGGUUGAUAUGCUAAAGGAUAAAAUAUGGUCGAUUCAACUCUUGGCUGUGGCUUCCUUGUAUCUUGCAGCCAAAAUUGAUGAGACGGUAGUUCCUCGGUCUCUUGAUAUGAAGAUGAAUGAAGAGAAGUAUUUAUUUGAUAACAAAACAAUACUUAAGAUGGAGCUAAUGAUACUGACCACAUUGAAUUGGAGAAUGCAAUCAAUCACACCUUUCUCCUUCAUUGACUACUUCCUUAACAAGCUCAGCAAUGAUCCAGUUCCAACAGAAGAUUCAUUCUCGCAAUCUUUCCAACUUAUUAUGAGGACUAUAAGAGGACUCGACUUCAUUCAAUUCAAGCCAUCAGAAAUUGCAGCAGCUGUUGCAGUAACAUUAUCCGCAGAAGGAGAAAACCAAACCAUUGAAAUUGAUAAAUCAGUUUCCCUUCUGACUCAAUAUGUAGAAAAGGAGAAAGUAAUGAAGUGUAUUGAAAUGUUUCAACAGCUGACAUCAUCAGGAAGUGCUUCCGAAGAAGAUAGUAUUACUACUACAAAUGCUCCUGAGUCUGUUGGAUUCUCUAUAGGAGAGUUGGAUUCUCUAUGCCUCAGCAACAUAAAUGCUACUACUUCAUCAUCACUUGCAAAUUCUUCAAGUAAUACUAAUAGCCCUGAAGCCAAACGCAUCAAACAUAACAAAACCUAUGAAGAAGCAUAACAUUUUUUUAAUGAAUUGUGCAUGUCCCCCUCAAAAAACACCAAUAAAUGAAGCAACAAAAUAAAUAGAGAAAAAAUAAAUAAUAAAAAAUAAAAAUAUAGUAUAGAAUAUGGAGGAUUUUAUAGAACAAGGAUUAUAUUAUAGAAUUUUUUGUUGUUGUAACAAGAGUUUUUGUUCUAUUUUUUAAGUGAGGGAGUGAAAUAGAAUCUAUAGACAAUAAAAAUAAUAAGGGUUAGGAGCAAAGGCACUAUAGGACUAGAUAUUCAUAAAUUUUGGAACAUUUGUUUUAA